AGCCAGGGCCAUCUAUCCUCUGUGCCAAGUAACUCACUGCAAGGAGAGUGUCCAUGAAUUAGCACCAAAAGGAAUUGAAUCGAACUGCACUUUUGGGUCAUUUUCGGCCGAAAAAUUUCGCUGGCCGAAUUUUCGGUGCAUCCCUAGUAACAACCUUGGUGUUUAUACAAAAACUAGUCAGGCUUCAGGUUCGUUUAGGUUCAAGAGAAGAGCCAGGCAGGUAUGCGCGGACUGAUUGCCAAUAAAUUUGAAUGAUCUUAGUUCAGGGCUCGAAACUAACGAUUGCCCGAUUGCCCGGGGCAAGUAGCGAUGGCAGACGGGCAAGUAGAAUUUUUUCCUCACUUGCCCGAACUUGCCCUGCCAUAAUACCAUGUUUUCAAGCUGUAAAAAGACGAUUUUGUGCAUAAUUUCUCGCAACAUCUGCCGCUUCUGGUCCGACAUUUUGUUUUCUAGGGAGCGGUUAGUUUCUCGUAAGUCUGCAAUACAUUGAUAACGGCAAAGCGCUUCGUAAUUAAAUGCAUGCUCCCUUACCCGUCCCUGGCUCUUCUGCGCCUGCGCACCAGCAGAGCUUUUUUCCGGUUGGCGGAUACGAAGGCAUACGAAGGCAAAACUUAUAGUGUUGUCUUUUUUAUUGCAAAAAUGUGUCGGGCAAGUAAAAAUCCACUCCAAAAAAAUUCGGGCAAGUAAAAUUUUGUUUCGGGCAAGUAAAAUUUUCUCUAACUUGCCCGAGGGCAACUUGGGCAAAAAAUAAGCUUCGAGCCCUGUAGUUAAUUCUGAACAAAGCCACACCUUUAAUUGCGAGGGUGUGGACUCUUGUGUAAACACAGCUUAGCGGUUCACCCCUUUCAAAACUUUUAUUCCUUUUUUUUUUUAUAUAAUUAGGUUUAUAGGAUACAGGUCACAGUGGUGGAUUUUGUUUUUCUUUUGCCAUCUCAAGAGGGGUAGGCAGACCUUUUACAUCCACUGCAGAUUUUGGCCACUAUGGUGAUCAUUUGCUCAUAAAUAUUGGAUUAUGACAGUACAAUUUGUUCCACAAUAUUCUCACCUGAGCCCCAAAACCUGACCAGUGAACUUCCCUAAGCCGACGAAGGUGGCAACGGUCACGCCCACCAUCGCUUUCAGCAUCUUCGGACUGCAUUCAAUAAUGUACAAGGUGUGAACAGACAUAUUGAUUCCUGCAAGUAGCCAAAAGAAGCAUUUUAGGAGCUCAUCCUGAGUUAAAAAUUAACCAAAUAUUAAAAAAAAAUGUUGCUUCCUAGUCUCACCUGAAUUGACACCGUGCAGAAGUCGUCCUACCAUAAUCAACUCAAAGGACAUGGCUUUUUGGCUCAAGAGCAUCAACAGCGCUCCAAUUAUAGCCACAAAAUUGUUUAACAAAAGACAUUUUCUCCUGAUGGGAAAACAGAAACCUGCAUGUAUGCCAAAUGUAAUAGGGAAAGAGAAGCCUUUAUUUGCACACUAACCUGCCAACCAUCGAGAGGCAUGGAGGUGCCAAGAACGAGCCCAGCAAGCCGCCAAUGCAGAAAAUGGAAACAAUAAAGGACCAUAUGAGCGAGACCUGCCAAUCUUCGGAAGGGGCAGUCACUACAGAUAUUCCAAAUCCGUAUUGAAAUGUCCCACCGAUGCCCGAGAUGAAAAUGGCAACGAUGACAAGAGGACAGUUCAGCUGUGAGGAAAAAGCACGUCAGUGGCCAAGAAGCACCUCUGGCGUUUGGAGAAAACGACUGCAAUCUGUCCUGUCCCCAUUGCCCCCUCCAGGUCUGAGGGAUUUUUAAUAGAUGGAUGGAUCCACACACGCAGAGAAGGUGGGAGGCGGUGUCACGUGUCACGCGGAUCCAGCCAAUCAGGAGUAAGUGCGCAAUGCGAUGGUGUGCAGAGGGACUGUUUUAUGAAAGGGCGCUUCGUGUUCAAUGAGCGAGUGUGUGAGAAGUUCGUUCACAUACACGCUUAGUAAACGUGGAAGCAACUUUAGUGGGGCAACAUAACUAAAGAGGCACAAAAUGCAACCGUAAAUAGUGUGAUCGACAUGAGCGCAACUUCGCUUGAUGCAAAGGGCUGCAGCGGUCAAGCGAUUCCGGGGGUCGGAGAAUACUAAUGGCCCCGGGCAUACGGCCGCUCACGUGGCCAGCAGCCAAUCAAAUGAAUCAAGUCGCCGCGGUUUAACUCAUAAAAGAGGCUGGACCGGAGGGAGGCGAGCGCCUUGUGGCCAAUAAAUGUGCACGCGUGUGGAAUUUAUGAGUCCUUGAUGGGUGAUAUCGGUGCGAAAAGAUAGGAUGUGUUUAGAUGUGUAAUAUCGAUAAAAUACAGUAGCUGGUAGUGGAAACAAAUGUACCUGUUUUUUGUUUUUUUAACAAGUUUGGAGGGGAUAGCAGGAAUGGCGUGAAUAAAUCAUGGAUAAAUAUUUCAUUGAUACAUUUCUUAGAUGGAUAAAUUAAUAUUUCAUAGAUGAACAGAUGGCUAGAUAAAUACAUGGGUUGGUCGAUUGAAAGAUGGACACACAAGUGAUAUAGAAAGAUCGAUGGUUAUGUAAUAGAUAUCUUUAGAGCUAGAUGGAUAAAGAAUGCAGGCACUAGCAAACGAAAACAAACAUGGUUUGGAGUCGCAAUGACAAAACAAAAGGUUUUAUUGAUAUGAGUGAUGUUGUGCUUGCCUGAUUUAUUUAUAGAUAAUAUAAACUAAAGUUGCCAAGAACCAACAUCUUAACCCUAUUCUACAUUGUUGUUAAAGCUGUAAAAUGACUUUAAGGACACAUCAUAUUGUUGGGCACACGUUUGGGGUAUUUUAGAUGGGUUGGGGGGGUCAGAACACAACUAUACUUAAUUUAUAUAUGUACGACCUGGUACACAAGGCAGAGUCAGUUAACCCGUGGCAGCAAGCGUUUUAUGACGUAGUAGCAUUUAGUUGUUUUGGUCGAAUCUGCUAUGGUCUCCUACAAGAGCCGACAUGGCUGUCCUGGUCCGAAUAGCACACCACCCUUUGCCGGAUGCUCAGUGGUAGGCAGACUGCUGCUGCUGCUUUAAAAAAAAAAAAAGGAACUGUGACAUGGGAAGCCCGUUGCAGCUGCGGAACCAUUUCAAUCGAGAGCAGCAGUUGGAUCCGAGUCAGUGCCACCGGCACCCCUGCAGACAGCCUUCGCGCUCCACCUGCACUUGCACCGACUGCUGCACCUGCCAUGGCCGGGAGAGCUGCGUACUCCGCGGGACGUCGCCGACGCACACCGCGGUAACUUUGAGGACAUCUUCGGAAAAAUCUUCCAGGCGAGGCGUCCGCGACCCGACUCCCUCUAGUCAUGCUACUUCCUCCAGGCAUCCCCCUCCUCCUCUUCCUCGUCGUCAGCAGCAUCCGCAGCAUCCCGGGGCCAGCCACGCGAACGCCCCCCACCAUGAGACAGCCAUGAGCAGCUGCAGAUACAACGGCGGCGUCAUGCGGCCGCUCACUCACUUGAGCUCGUCCCGCAGGAACGUGCACGAGUUCGAUUCCGAGUCGCAGCCCCUGCAGCCCCUCUCGGCGGCGGACGCGUCGGACACCUUGGCAAGCUCCAAGCCGGAGAACCACUCGGCCGCGCUCAUGCCGUACGCGUCCGGGGACGGAAGCGGGGGCUGCGGCCACGGCGGGGGGAAAUCGGGCAAGAAGAAGAACCAGAACAUUGGAGAGAAGCUCGGCCACAGGAGGGCCUUGUUUGAGAAGAGGAAGCGACUCAGCGACUAUGCUCUAAUCUUUGGGAUGUUUGGGAUCGUUGUAAUGGUAAUAGAAACUGAACUCUCCUGGGGAGCCUAUGGAAAGGAGUCCCUGUAUUCAUUAGCUCUAAAAUGCCUGAUAAGCCUUUCUACAAUCAUUCUCCUGGGACUGAUUAUCAUCUACCAUGCGAGAGAGAUCCAGUUAUUUAUGGUGGACAACGCGGCCGACGACUGGAGGAUAGCCAUGACCUACGAGCGCAUCUUUUUCAUCUGCCUGGAAAUCCUGGUGUGCACCAUCCAUCCCAUCCCGGGAAACUACACCUUCACCUGGAACGCCCGUCUGGCCUACACCUACACGCCAUCCCAGACGGACGCUGACGUGGACAUCAUCCUGUCCAUCCCCAUGUUCCUGCGACUGUACCUCAUCGCCCGCGUCAUGUUGCUGCACAGCAAGCUCUUCACAGACGCAUCAUCUCGGAGCAUCGGGGCGCUCAACAAAAUUAACUUUAACACUCGCUUUGUUAUGAAGACCCUCAUGACCAUCUGUCCCGGGACGGUGCUGCUGGUCUUCACCAUCUCGCUGUGGAUCAUCGCGGCGUGGACCGUGAGAGCUUGCGAGAGGUACCAUGACAACCAGGACAUCAACAGUAACUUUCUCGGGGCCAUGUGGUUGAUCUCCAUCACCUUUCUUACGAUCGGAUACGGAGACAUGGUUCCAAAUACGUACUGUGGGAAAGGAGUCUGCCUCCUGACUGGCAUUAUGGGUGCAGGCUGCACGGCCUUGGUGGUGGCUGUGGUAGCAAAGAAGCUGGAGUUAACCAAAGCUGAAAAGCACGUUCACAAUUUUAUGAUGGACACCCAGCUCACCAAAAGAGUGAAAAAUACAGCUGCGAAUGUUCUCAGGGAGACGUGGCUCAUCUACAAAAACACCAAACUGGUGAGGAAGAUGGACCAUGCCAGAGUCAGGAAGCACCAGAGGAAAUUUCUCCAAGCCAUUCAUCAAGCUCGAAAAUUGAGAAGUGUUAAAAUGGAGCAACGCAAGCUGAAUGACCAAGCAAACUCUCUAGUGGACCUUGCCAAGACUCAGAACAUCAUGUACGACAUGGUGUCGGAUUUGAACGAGCGGGGAGAGGACAUGGAGAAGAGGAUCGCCUUGCUGGAGACCAAGCUUGAGACUCUACUGAGCAACUUGCAGGCUCUGCCCGCGCUCAUCAGCCAGGUGAUUAGCCAGCAGCACAGGGACUUCCUGGAGGUGCAACUGCAGCCUUACGACAAACACAGCACCGAACGCUCGCAGUCGGCGUCGCGGCGGCGGUCGUCGUCCACGGCGCCGCCCACCUCCUCUGAGAGCAGCUAGGGUCCGAAGGGAAGGCCUCCAUUGAAGACUUUUGCCAUCAUAUGGCUAAGUUGCAUUUAUCUUAAAGCCUUAUGGCUUCAAUAAGUAUUAUCCCAAUUCUGAUGACAGAAUCCAAUGACAGUGGAUACGUGCGGUUUAUUUUUUGCUUUCUAUUACCUCGUGACGCUUCCCUCAGUAAAGGCCUGUCGUCAGCUGGGAAAAUACUGCACUAAAAUAGUGCUUCCCAUUGGGGGAAUGGUUUGAGCUGGAUGGGACCGGAGUAACAGUAGAAAGCAAAUACAAGCAAGUGUAAUCGUUUAGGUUAGAAACAGCAUCAAUAUUUAUGGCAAGAUUCAUUCGUAGCGGGGGUUCACUGCCCUGAGAAAUGUAACGAGAGAUUUUCAAUACACAGACAAAACGUAAACACAUUACAAUUGUAAUAGAAAUGAACCCAAUUUAUUGGUUUAUGAUCUCCAAAUGAUAACUCCCCAUCGCAAAAUUGAAACUACUUCUGACACUUUGUACCUCAGCCGUAAUAAUAAACCGUAUUUCAUAUCCUUCCUUCGUAACAAAUUUCUUUGUUUGAAAUUAUUUGAGUCCCACUGAUAGUUUUGUGCAAUUAACUUGCACACUAGUUGAAUAUUAGCAUGUUCCCACAUAUGUUAUGAUCACCAAAAGACCAAAUAAAAGGUAGUUGGUUGCUAUUAUAGAGCUAUGCUAGAGGUAUGCUAAAAGUACUUUUAAUAAAAAAAGUACCUGAAAAUGAUUUUUAGGAAGGAGGGCGAAAGAGUGCAAAUUAAUUUGGGAUAUCAAAUAGUGAUUUUUAAAGUAGGGUGUACGCAGACUGACAAUCGGGGCAGAGUGGAGCAGUUAUUAAAUCAUGCAAAGAUCCAAUUCUUAGAUGUCUGUUAUGUGGUAACAGCAAUGUUUCCCGAUCUACUCGAAAAUUGUAUGUUUUUAUGGGGAAUGUGCGCCCUCUUGUGGCGUUGCCCUUAAUAGCAGAACUCCAGAAUGGGAAGCAGAAACUAGAAAGACCAGAAAUAACAAUCUACUCCAUAAAACCAUCGAUCAGAAUAAUCUUUUACAGACAACCAAUAAUUGGGUCUUUGCAGACUUGAAUCUGAUUAUCGGUAUGCAUGUACAGCACAUGAGUAAAAAUUCUCCAGCCAAAGUGAAUGCAUCAAAGUCUGUUACUGCACUUUUAUUAAUUGAUGCACUUCAUCAAUGACUGAUGUUUGGUGAUGUCUUCCAACUAAAGAAGAUUUUGAGUUGUCAAGGGUGGUUGAAUGAAGGCUUGUAUGUUAGGACAAGCUCAACGUACAUAUCUAUACAGUACAGAUGUCACAAACUCAGUAAUAAUGAAUCUUGUCUUGUCUUGCUGUGUUUCACUUCCUUCCUUCCUUCCUGUGCUCCUCAUGCUCAGCUGGACAACAGCGACUGAUGUUGAACAACUCGCUGAAUACCGUAUCUACCUUAUAGAAAAGUACUAUUUUUGUAUAUUUUGAUGAGGACAAGCACACCUCCUACUGUGUAAUAAUGAACAGCAACGAGGAUCUGGGCACAAACAGAUUCAACAUACCGAGCAUGUGGCGUUAGACUCAUCAGAAUGGAGUACUAUACAUAUAUAUUGAGUAUGAAAUAAAAUAUUUGAGGUUCUUUACAGAAUGUAAGAUAAUUACCGACUUGUUUUUUUUCUCAAUUAUA